AUGGAGUCAACUGAGGGUUACGUGAAGUAUCAGCUGGGCUUACCCCACAUCGACCACUUGAUCGCGGUGCUCUGUGUUGUUGCCAUUGUUUAUAAGUUGACAAUGUUGCUCGCCCAAAGAAGAGCUGCGAUGCAAAGUAUGGAAUUGUUUCCAGGACCACCGUCGCACUGGCUCUUUGGACAUCUGAAGGAGUUUAAGCAGGAUGGGUCGGACUUGAAAAAGAUUCUGAAAUGGGGACAGCAGUACCCUUAUGCUUUCCCAAUAUGGUUUGGUCCCUUUGUUUGUUUCCUCAACAUUCACCAUCCAGACUAUGUGAAAACUAUAUUGACAUCUACAGAGCCAAAAGAUGAUAUGAUAUAUACUUUUGCUAAGCCUUGGAUGGGUGAUGGCUUAUUGGUGUCUGAAGGUCAGAAGUGGUUUCGCCACAGAAAGCUCUUGACCCCAGGUUUCCAUCAUGCAGUUUUGAAACCCUACGUAAAUCUGAUGUCAGACUCUGUUAAAACCAUGCUGGACAAAUGGGAGAGUUAUGCAAAAACCAAUGAGUCCUUUGAAUUGUUUAACCACGUGAGCCUUAUGACACUGGACAGCAUCAUGAAGUGUGCGUUCAGCUACAACAGCAACUGUCAGACCGAGAGCGGAACAAAUGAAUACAUCAAGGCAGUGUAUGAGAUCAGAAAUUUGAUUAACCUGCGGUUCACUACGUUUCCAUACCACAAUGACCUCAUUUUCUACCUCAGCCCACAUGGCUUCAGACAAAGAAAAGCAUGCAAGGUGGCUCACAGUCACACAGGGGAAGUCAUACGAAAGAGGAAAGAAGCACUCCAGGACGAGAACGAGCUGGAUCGCGUACAGGGAAAGAGAAACGUGGACUUUCUGGACAUCCUUCUCUUAGCGAGAGAUGAGAACAAACAGGGUAUGUCAGAUGAAGAUAUACAAGCAGAGGUGGACACCUUCAUGUUUGCAGGCCAUGACACUACAGCCAGUGCCAUGUCCUUCAUCCUCUACUCUCUGGCCUGCCACCCAGAGUACCAGAAGAUGUGCCGGGAUGAGGUCCUUCAAGCCCUGGAUGGCAAGGACACCAUGGAGUGGGAGGAUCUCAGUAAAAUUCCAUACACUACAAUGUUCAUAAAAGAGUCCCUCCGCCUUUACCCUCCGGUACCAGGAAUGUCCAGAAUCACCACCAAGACCAUUACCUUUUUUGAUGGAAGGACUUUGCCUGCAGGGAGUCGUAUUGGAACAAGUUUGUAUCCGCUUCACAGGAAUGCAACUGUCUGGGAAAACCCUGAAGUCUUUGACCCACUGCGUUUUCUCCCGGAGAAUGUUUCCAAGAGGCCUCCUUACGCAUUCGUGCCCUUCUCUGCUGGGCCAAGAAACUGCAUUGGUCAGAACUUUGCCAUGAACGAGCUGAAAGUGUCCACAGCGCUGACACUGCAGAGAUACCAUCUGAUCGAGGACCCGACGCAAACACCACAGAUAAUUCCUCGAAUAGUGCUUUGCUCACUUAAUGGCCUCCACAUCAAAAUAAAACCUGUAGACCCAUGAGUGAACAUGGAAAUAACUGUUGAAAAAAAACCUGGGAAAUAAAUGACUCAUAAGGGAACUUCUAUGAUUUGACUAAACUAACAAAGGAGUUGUCAAAAUGUGUCAAAAGGAAAACCUAAGUAACAUUUUCGUUUCAUCAUUUAUAAAUGCAUCUCAACCAACCUGGUCCCACCAGAAUGCGUGACUCCACCACGACUCCUUAA